AUGACUCGUCUGGGAUAUGUGUCCCAGGAGUUUAUGGGGCUGAUUUGCUCGAAGCGGAAACACGCUUGUUUCUUAAGUUUGCUCGGAAUUGCGCUCAUAUAUGCCACAGCCUAUGGAUUGUCGAGUUCGCUAAUAUCCAAGUAUCAGGAUCCUACCAUGUUUGCACCGAACAGUCAAGAUUAUUUCAGAACCACGCUUCUAGGGUUUUUCUCACCCUUCGCGCUAUUCUUCUUCAAAAACUUUGUGCUUAACGUCAAGCCGAAUCAUAUGCUUCUGAGCAUCUUUGUCGAUUUCCCAGUAAACGACUGGUUUUGUCUGCUGAUUGUGUUCUGUUUAGCAUACCCGCAGGUACAGGAUGCGACAGAGACGUCGCAUUCAAAUGGCAAAGCUGCUGAGCCCACGACAUGGCACAUCAUACCAAAACAAUCCUUCAUGUUUGGCGUGUCCUGGUCUCUUUGCGAGCUGUCGAUCUGCAUAAUGAAAACCCUCAACAACUACGAGCAAAUAUCGUCUACACAAACAGCCGUAUGGCCCCUUCAGAACCAGCAACGCAAAGAAGAGCCGGACUCUACUAGACCUAACAUCACACUUUCCAAGUGUGUUGACGUCAAACGCAAUUCCUCUUUGAUCGGCGAAAACGUCUAUCGCGACGAUAAUGAUCCAACUGGGACUCCCGUUGCUUCCACGACUCAUUUGCAAAAACCCGACAGCUCUACGAAAAAUUAUGGCAGUCUGAACAUGGACGCAGGUGACGAUACUGUUGUCGUGAAUUUCAAAGACAAUUCAAUGACGUUUUUGAAGGAUAUUGAGGCCUCCGGCGCAAGUUCACAACCGUACAGUGUGGAUGACUGCCAACCGGGCCGGAUAACCCCGCUUUACGAAACCGCGUCGAACGCAGAGAUGUUCAAACAGCUAUUCUUGGGCUACCUGGUCAUUGUCGAUAAUCUAGCAUUGACAAUUGGUCAGUCCCUGAUAUCGUCUGCCUAUUUUAUUUACGUUCCAGGCCACCCAGAAUUGUUCACGCACUUCGUAAGGUAUUUCGGAUCCAGAGUCUUCUCAUUUUUCCUCCUAUGUGUGAUCGGACCGCUGACGGUUUUCAACUUUCUCAUUAACCUUACUCUAUUCUAUUGGGUAGACGACCAAUCUAUAAACAGCGAUGACACAGCUCGUACUUUGAGCAAUGAUCUCAACCUCGAUCUGCAUCUACACAGCUCGCAACCCCAGAGUCUUCAAUUCAUAAAUUCCGAUCAGCUUUUUGUCCUCAACUCCAUUUACACACAGGACAUAAUAUCGCCUGACGAAGAUCAUGGGCACCGGUUACUACAUUUUUACAAAAAAUCCAUUACAGCAUGGCAUUCUCUUGCCUCAAAUCGGCUCUUUGUUUUCACAGGCAUGACAAUUUGGUCAAUUCUCAUACUAAUUGCUGGAGUUGUUGGCACGGUACGACAGUAA